AUGGAGGUCACGGAAGUCCGGCAUCAGAUCCCACACAACCUUGGUGAGGGGACGAAGCUACAUGGCAUGCAGCCUUUAGCGUGCGCAGGCACACAAGCACGGCAUGAAGCUGCUCAAAGGAAUUCUCAGAAGGUGAAGAAACGCAGCCUACAGCGGGCUUAUCGCAGAGCGCUACAACAGGGACUGGCCUGGUACAGAGGUAGCCACUACACUGUCCAAGAGCUUGAAAACAUGGGUUGCUCACUACCCACCGGUCCUGCUGCACCUCCAGAACGAGAGUUCAUUCAUCAUGACCUACAUCGAUGCAACCGUCAGCAUGCUCCCAAAAGGCGCAUGACCUUCUGGCAAUGGAAUUGUGGGGGACUCUCCAUCUCUAAGCUGGACGAGGUGAAAGCUUGGUUAGCUCUCAAUCAGGUUGACAUUGCGGUCAUGGUGGAAACCAGAUGGACAUAUGAUGCAACGUGGACUGACUCUGAAUGGAAUAUGGUUCAUUCAGGUGAGGGUGCACAUCGGGGCAAAGGAAUUUUGAUUCUUGUUUCGCGUCGAAUUUGCAACUCAGCGCAAAUUCAAUGGCAAUUCCAUGACAGUGGACGCUUGGUGCACUUGCGCUUGAAACAACAUCCCAGAAACUUGGAUAUUGUAGCCUGCUACCAACAUGUUUUCCAACCUACACAAAGUUGCCUCCAAGCACGUGAACGAUGGUGGGGUCUUUUGGAACGGGUCCUGGCUGGCCUUCCCACCAGGAACUGCCUGGUGAUGUUAGGAGAUUUCAACAGCUCUUUACAGGCCUCUCCAAGAAUCUCAGGCACAUCAACCUUUCUCUGGAAUGGACGCUCUCAUAGAGGCACUUCACAUGCGGACCAUCCAAGACUGCUUCAGAUUUUGCGCCAUUUUGCAUUGGUAGCGCUGAAUACGUGGUCCUCUGCCCUGGGCCCAACGUAUGUGCAUGGUCACACGGCCAGUCGGCUGGAUUACAUUUGUGUCAGGCAAAUGUAUGCUGACGGGACAGCGCGACGAGUGCGGUAUUUGUGGGAUUCACCCUUCAUAUCACAGACCACUCAUGGCCAUGUCCCGAUGUUAUGCACCCUGGCGAAAUUUUGGAUACCUGACCAUGCACACCACAGGAUUCAACAGGUGACCAUGCAACAGCGCCAGUCCAGCAGACAGGCCUAUCUGACGCAAUCACCAGCCUGGAUGGAGUUUUGUGACCGUUCCCAUGACAUGUUGGUUGAACACUUUGCCGACACCACGAAGGAUGCAGAUGUUUUCAUGAAUGAUUUACACAGUAGCAUGCUGCAGCUCUUUGUGACUCACUUUCCAGCGGGCAAGAAGGAGAGUUCCACAUCGACCUGGAAGCCUGCCCUGCCUAUACUGCUCAACAAAUGGCAACAUCGACGCCUGAUGCAGAGGAAAGAUCACACUGGAGAGAGCUUGAAAAUCACACCAAUCGCUGCUGCAGACAUUUUCAUUCCCAUCAAACAGACUGCAAAAUACCUGGGCGUGAUGAUUGGAUAUGGCAACUUCGAAGAUGCCAGUUUGAAACAUCGUUUGAGCUUGAUGCACACGGGAUUCCGACGACUGCAGCGGACCCUGACAGAGCGAAGUGCACAACUCCCUUCACAUGAUUUGGUGCAUACCAUCACUUGGACACAUUUGCCUGAUUUGCUAUCUCGGUUGGAUCAUUUGCAGGCCACAGUUUCCUUGGAGACGCCUACGUCAUUUGGACCAGAGGAGCUUCGAGCUGGUCCUGAGGAGUUCAUUGAUUCCCAGCGGGAACCAGGCAGCCUGUCCAACCUCAUGAGCACGUUGCAACCGCAGAUGGCGGCAGCAAGGGGCAUGCGUAUGAUCACAGCAGAUGAAUUGCACAAUUUGAAUUUGCAGGCUUUUGGACCACGCCUGCUUCACAUUGUGCAUGAGCGAGAGUGGGACAAGGUUGAGCAGGAACGUGAGGCGUGCAGCUACCUUGCAUCCAAAUGCAUCAUCUGCUCGUUCCAAUUCAGCAGAUGCCAAGAACUUCAUCAACAUUUCCGACAGCAGCAUCCCGAGUUAUGGGAGCACGCACCUCAGAAGGCGGUCCAACUCACGAAUUUGUAUUCCUCAGAAAGUCCUUGUGGAUGUUGCGGUGCACUUUUCAAAACUCACAGCUGCCCAACCUGGUCUCAGAUUGCGGUGUUGUUGGUGAACGGCGCUGCUUUGAAUGCCCCAGAUGCGGCACCCCUACAUGAAGUGCGCCAACGCUGUGAGCUGUGCUUAGAGUGUUUUUCAACUCCAGCAGCCCUUGUCCAACAUUUGCAGGCUCACCAUGGACUUCAGGGUCUGAGCUACAAUGAAAGCAGGGACUCACUGGAUGGAUCCUCAGCAUGCUCACAUUGCGGCCAAUUAUUUCUUACAUUGGCUGGGUUGCGGUCUCACAUAGUGCAAGGCCGAUGUCAGUUUUUCAAUCCCCAGGCGACGGCCGAGACGUUGCCUGUGGACAACAUGUGGAAGGAGGCCUGUUUGGACGGCAAACUCUUGGAAAUUUUGAGAACACCUGCAGCACGCAUGCGUUUGACAAUUGUUUGCCAGGCAUGUGGCAAGGGCUGUCAACGUGCUUCAGAUCUCUCAUUACACCUUCAAUCUGCCCAUUCCAGAUUGUGGAGACAGUCUCAAAGGCUCACGAUGAUCUUGGUCGAUGUUUACUAUCAAUAUCAGUGCUUUUGCAACCCAAGCACAGGUGUCAAACGGGCCAAUCAUAUUUGCUUGCCUUUCAGGCAACUUGCAAUGGCAUUUCAUCGACUGGACAUGGAGCCCUUUGCCCCCACGGUCAUAACGGAUCAGGCAUUGAAGGAUAUCCUUGCAGCCUCAUUGCAACAUGACAUGAAGUAUCGGCUGGAACAAGCUCUGGUGCACCGAAAGUUUGCAGACACCUGGCAGGAUCCAGGACUUUUGCAAUUCCUGCGCACCAUCUGUCUUCUCUGUGGAGAGCGCCAUCAACCUGCUGAUUUGACCUUGCACUUCCGAGAGGAGCACAACUGCAGACAUGAGAUGUUUCUUUUCUACAUGGAACAACUCUUGCCGACAGUUUUUGCUUUGAAUCUGGAUGAUUUUCAAUGCCGUUUAUGUGGACUCAUUUACAAUUUGCCUGCUGCAUUACGGCCUGAUGAAUCUUUGUCUGAUCGAGCACAAUUGGCCCAUUCUCACCUGAAGGGAUCCUGUCCAGUGUUGAUCCAGCUGGCCCAGCUCUUUGGUGCCUUGCUGAAUGGAAGUAGCCUCCGCCAUGGGACCACCCGACUUGGCGGCCUCUGCUCAGAUGGAGGAGGCAUUCGGGGCUCUGGCAUCACUGUUUGUGGACCACACACUGGCCCUUCCGGAGAAUCCCAGGCAGACCAAAGCGCGCAAGCGCGAGCGCUCCACUUGCUCCUCCACGAGACAGUCCAGUGGAAGGAGAAAGCCGAGAAGAUGGAGGACUCAUCCCUGACUCAGAUGAUGCCGCUGAGACAGCACCUGAUGCUAGCCUUGCUGACCAGCAUGAGGAACAGGCUGGCCAAGCUCAUGACGAGCAAGGAGACCGAUCAGAUCUACAUCACCUCGGCCGACAAGGGCCUGAUUCUUGCAGACCGCAGCUUCCCCUACCACCGCUGGGAUCCGAAAACCCAGAUGUUGGUUCUGGACAAAAAGACCCCAGUGAGUGCCAAGAAGAUGGAUCAGCACUUGGAAGAGCUGGUGGAGAUGAUGCAGGACCGGGAGCUGGUGAUGCGUUUCCAUGCCCUGAGAGCCCCGGACCCCAAGAGCGAUCGCGUCGUCCCCUGGCGCCUCCAGAUCAACCUUCGGAGCGACAGGGCCUACGACCUGCUCUUUCAUCUCGCUCACAAUUCGAUAUGGAUGGCAGUGGGUGCAACGAUGAAGCAGCAUACCCUGCAUCAAACCCCUAUGGCAACCGCUCUUCAGAGUAUGUUGGGCCAAUCCAAGGGCCACGGGAAGGGCAAACAGAAGGAUCCAAUGACGGACCUGUGGGGGGCACAUUUUGCUGAGCUCAUUUCGUUUUUGCAAACGUUUGCCAACAAACCGGCAACACUGCAGCAUACAGAUUGGUUUCGGCAGAUUGUCACAGAUUGGGGUGCAGAACUGGGUCAGAAAGAUUGCGCUGAAUGCGCGCAACGCACACUGGCUUGGCUGCAAUCGACUGCAUUUGACAUGCGAUGGGAAAGAAGAUUGGACACUGCUGCAGGGAUUCAAGUGCAUGAUCACAGUCGCAGAUUCACUCCCAUCACAUUGACUCUCUCACAACAUGACCAUGACAUGGGUUCUUGCAGUUUGAAUUCCUUGGUGACAGCCUGGGUUCAGGAGAAUGCGAUGCGCACUGCGCUCUUGGAUGCACCGGUCUGCGUCUGCAUACACAUUGACCGGUACUAUCGGUCUGAGGCUGGGGACAUUGUCAAAGGCCUGUGCAGAGUAGACAUUGAAUCAGAAGUGACAUUGCCCAUUUUCCGAAACUCCAAUUUGCUCUGUUCCAAUGCUGGCUACAUUCCAGUUGCUGCUGUGGCACAUUUUGGACAAGACUUGGCUGGACAUUGCAAAGCGAUUUUGAAGAUGCAGCCUACUGUGCUGGGUCAGACAACACCAGCAGCUUGGCUCAUCACUGAAGAUGAUUGCUUCCCCAAAGCCAUUUGGCAAUACCCCAUAUGGUAUGCCAGCAACGUGGUAGUGAUCUGGAUGGUCCGUACGGACUGCUUGCGCCUUCCCAUGUAUUGUGCUCCACAGACAGCACAUGAAUCAGCUCAUGAAUCAGAUCCCAACCUGACCAAUGCGGAGACAACCAAUUCGACAGCUCCUAUGGAGAAUGACUUUCUGCGGCUGCUUCAGGCUCAACCAGGAGCCAGGAUUGACGAGGCACAGCAGACACGUGGCGACUCAGGAGACUUCUUUUCCUAG